AUGAUCAAUGAUCACAUUGUCAUGGGCGCUAUACCGGGCACCUUCUUCUGGAGACCCCGACUGGGCAUAGAUUUGGCUAUUCCUUCUACAGAGCCCCCGAUAGCAGCUUAUAAACCUAAUAAGCAAAAUAUCCAGGCUGGGAUAGUGGUGUUGGUCGAAGGUUACGACAUCAUGACGUCCAUACUCGGACUGCUGAGGGGCGCAGAAUUCGCGAAAGACGACGAGAAUAUGGACCCCGCCUCAGGCCUCUACUACACUGGCAUCUACAGAUGGAUUUUGAGAACUCUAGACUUAUUCCCACAUUGGUUGAGAGGCAACUUCCACGACGCGCUUGGAGUAUGGCAUAGCCGUUUUAAACAUAUGGAUGCUGAGGUGCCUGGCUGGAUGAGAAAACUAUUACCCUGGGUACAUAAGGACUCUUGGGACAAAGAACAUACAGACUUGUCCAAAUACAGAAAGUUUAGUGAAUCAGCUUAUUCCCAAUUCUACAGAUUUCCAUCAAAAACCUUCAAUAACUUCAAUUCCUUCUUGCCUGAGUCGGUAGAAGAAUUUAUUUUCUCUUCAGCUUCACGAGAGACAACACCUGGCCCCGUAGACGAAACGCAACCUGUCACUGACGCUCCGCCCGUAGCGAAUAAAAAGCAACCUGUGGCGAAGCGCAAGCGAUUGUCACCUCGGCUAGGCCGCGGAAAGUACAUCAUUUCACCAUAUAACCCAUUGAUAUUCAUUAUGGUGGCGCCGCUGCAGAAACUAAGGCAGAGAAAUAAAAACCGGGAAAGCUUUAUUGUUAUUGUAAAUAGCUAUGAUGUGGGAAUAACAGCGUUGGCGACUGCCGGAGCAGUGCAAGAUCAAACCAAGUUUCCACAACUAGACCCGAAACUUGCCUAUUACCACACUACUGCUUGGAGGUGGACCUUAAGGCAGUUGAUUCUAUACCCGGAUAUAUUUUAUAAGAAGUUCUACCAGUUGCACAAAGUAUGGCGUCGACGAUUCUACUACGAGGACGUGUUCGUACCCGAAUGGUUAAAAAAAAUGUUGAUAUGGGUUGAUAAUACCUCAUGGGAUAAAGAAGAAAAUAUGACUAUGCGGUACAAUAUAUACGCAAAACGCGAAUUUGAUAAGACCGAUAGAUAUUCACCCAAGAAAUUUGUUUCAAAUGAAUCAUUCAGCAAUUCAACAAGUAUGUACUAUCCAGGCAAUUUUACAAAUACACUAUAUGACGAAGGAUUACCCAUCCAAGUUCCCAAAGCCAAAAAUAACUGGUAUUAG